GGAACAACCUCGGUUCUGAUUUACCGCAACACCAAGACCUUUUCCGGUCUCUUUCCACAACACCCACAGUAAGAAAAUGACGAAGGGGACAUCGUCCUUCGGAAAGCGGCGUAACAAGACUCAUUCUCUAUGCCGUCGCUGCGGUUCCAAGGCUUACCAUCUGCAGAAGUCGUCCUGCGGGAAGUGUGGCUACCCCGAGAAGCGCAAGAGAAGUUACAACUGGAGCGCUAAGGCCAAGAGGAGGAACACCACUGGGACCGGCCACCUGAGACAUCUGAGGGUCGUCUACCGCAGAUUCAGGUUAGCACAGUGUAAAGCCAAGGUAUACAGUCCUGCUGAUUUUUGUCCUUGAAAAGCCA